AUCUUUUACUGAAGUCUUGCUGAACGCGGCCAUGUCAAUUGACUACCUCCUCGACGUGAUGCAUUUGUUGUGGAUGUGAGUGAGCGCGAUAGCCGUUGGAUUGGCCCUUGCUUGGAUUGAGAGCCAUUGUCAUCUUUUCCGUGAGCCCGCCCGACGGUUUGAGCUGCCAUGUUCGCAAAGUCAGGGCGCAGAAAUAGCUUCCUCCAGUCAGUUCACGUCUCGACCUUGACCCUCCUGGCGCUCUCUCUCUCUCUCUCUCUCUCUCCCUCCCUCUCUCCCUCUCUCUCUCUUCCACUCUCGCUGCGUCUCCCACUCCGUCUGUCUUCGCCCACUCUCCCAAACGCUUUCCUCUCCUCGCUGUCGACUUUCCGCCACCAUUUUCCAGCACGCUUUUUCUUCUUCUCUUUCACAACUUUGACCCGCUGUUCAGCGCGUUCUGCAUCCCAUCUCGCUGCGCGUGCCUUUCUUUGCCCUGAAUCACAACAAGCACAAACCACUCUAGCGGCUUCCCUACGCUCGGCAACUCUGGCGCCUCUUGCGCACCAACUCAUUCACCAUGGGGGAAGACGCUCGCGCUUUAGGACCGGUGCUGGAAGGCAGGAUUGAGGAAAGGCCGAGGGUCAAUGGCGUUAGGUUACGAAAGGAGGAUUCGACCGACUCGGCUUCCCCGAACAACUCCAAGAUGGAUUCGCGAGGCACCAGUAUGUCGCCCGACGACACAAAGUCUGCAGGAGAGACUGCAGCGACUCCAGAUCACGCCUCUGCCCCGAAGCUGUCUCGCAAGUCGUCUCAGAAGCCCGUUCGAAGUCCACCUACCUUGUUCGACCACCUGCCAGAUGUCACAGCCCAAGCAUGCAGCACGUUUCAGGUCAUCAACGACUGUCUUUAUGGCUCGAGGAAUAUGGGCUCGUCGGAUCACGACGCGCUGGAUUGCGACUGUACCGAAGAAUGGCGAAAUGAUGAAAACCACGCUUGUGGCGAGGAUUCCGACUGCAUCAACCGCGCGACCAAAAUUGAGUGCGUAGAUGGAGACUGCAACUGCGGGCCGGGCUGUCAAAACCAGCGGUUUCAGCGCAAGCAGUAUGCCGAUGUUUCGGUCAUCAAGACUGACAAGAAGGGGUUCGGCCUGCGGGCGAACCGGAACCUGCAGCCAAACGACUUCAUUUUCGAGUACAUUGGCGAGGUCAUCAAUGAGCCGACGUUCCGGAACCGGAUGAUCAAGUACGACCGCGAGGGCAUCAAGCACUUUUACUUCAUGUCGCUCACCAAGAGCGAGUUUGUCGAUGCCACUAAGAAGGGCAACUUGGGCCGGUUCUGCAACCAUUCGUGCAAUCCCAACUGUUAUGUCGACAAGUGGGUGGUGGGCGAGAAGCUGCGCAUGGGCAUUUUUGCCGGCCGCCCCAUUCGCGCCGGUGAGGAGCUCGUGUUCAACUACAAUGUCGACCGCUACGGCGCCGACCCCCAGCCAUGUUACUGCGGUGAGCAAAACUGCGUCGGCUUCAUCGGCGGCAAGACGCAGACAGAGCGUGCGACCAAACUGUCUCUUGCCACGAUUGAGGCCCUCGGUAUCGAGGACAGUGGCGACAGCUGGGACACCACCGUUGCCAAGAAGCCUCGCAGGAAGAAGGUCACCGAAGACGACGAGGACUAUGUCAACAGCUUCCAGCCGAAAUCCCUUGAUGAAGAUGGCGUCAACAAGGUCAUGGCCACUCUGAUGCAGUGCAAGGAGAAGUGGAUUGCUGUCAAGCUGCUUACCCGCCUUCAGGCCACAGAAGACGAGCAGCUUCGCCAUAGAGUGGUGAGGAUGCACGGCUACCAGAUUCUCAAAACGACACUCAACUCGUACAAAGACGACACCAAUGUCGUCCUGCAGGUUCUCGAUAUCCUCUACGACUUGCCGCGCAUCACCAAGAACAAGAUCGCCGACUCCAACAUCGAGGCAGCCAUCCAGCCCCUGACCACUUCGACUCAUGAAGAGGUUGCCUUCCAGGCCAACAGGCUGCUCGAGGAAUGGAGUAAGCUCUCGACAGCGUACCGUAUUCCUCGCAAGGAAAAGGAUGCCGCAGCUCAUGCGACUUCUAACCCAUUUGAGGAGCGUCGCAACAUGGAUCGCGACGAGCCUCACAAGCACGCCAACAACUCCCUGGCCAACCUGAACAUUCCGACGGGCCCGCGCAAUAAGGUACCGCAAAGGAACGUCGGUUUCUUCAAUGGCCAACGUCCACCACGGAAGCUGCCCAGCAAUCUGCCCGAGGGCUGGCACGUCACCACGGACAACACAGGCCGGUAUUACUUUUACGAUGUCAAUGGCAAAGUCCAGUGGCAGCGGCCCACCGCGCCGGCGGUUUCCGCUCCCAAAACUUCGACCAAAGCCCAGCAGGGCCAGAAGGCCGUGCAGGAUAUCAUUGACAGCUUGACUAAGGAGAUCACGCCAAGACAUUCGGCCACACAUACCCCCCAGCGGUCUAGCACCCCGACCACCGAACCCAAGAAGGAGAAGUGGCGUUCUCUCCCAAUCGAGAAACAGAUGAAGAUCUACGAGAACACCCUUUUCCCUCACGUCAAGUACGUGGUCGAGAAAUUCCACGGCAAGCUCCCCAAGGAGGACCUCAAGAAGUUUGCCCGCGAAGUCAACAAGAAGCUAGUCUCUUCCGAUUACAAGAACAACCGCGUUGAGGACCCCACUCAUAUCUCCUCCAAACAAGAGAAAAAGGUCAAGAAGUACGUCCGUGACUUUUUUGACCGCGCCGUUGUCAAAUAUAAGGAACAGCAAAAGGCCAAGGGCAACAACAAAUCUACCGACUCGGACAAGCCCUCGGCUUCGUUAAAUGACCUGGGAGACAGCUCUGCCCCAUCACCGGUCCAAGACGACAUUACACCCCUUUCUCAACCUAGCUCCCCUAGCUCCCCCGUUGGUGGUCGCAAAAGGAAGCGCGACGAUGAUGAUGAUGAUGAUGUUGUUGAAGGCGAGGAGGCUUCUCAGUCACCGCAGGAUGAUAACAUGUCGGAGACGCCUUCGGUGAAGCGGCUCAAGGAGGAGGAUGGGGAUGGGGACAUGAUACCUAGCCCUCCACCGCCGCCGCCGCCGCCGGUGGAUACGCCCCUUAGUGAAGAGCAACGGGCCAUGCGGGAGCAGGAGGAGGAGCUGAGGAGGGAGAAUGAGGAGGCGCAGAGGAUGGAGGAGGAGAAUAUUCAGAAUAAUAACCACAAGAACGGACAGCAUAUGGAUGUUGAUAUGGAAGAGGCUGAUGGUGAUGAUGAUAAGCCGCUUGAGCAUAGGGAACAGAGGGGAGCACAGGAGGUCAUGAGCCACUAGGCGAGUUUCCAUAGGCCUUUUCCGCACAGGAAAAAGCGGAUUAGUAGAGGGGCUAUCGGAUACCUUAGGCUAGGGGAAGUCGCAUGGAAGCCACAAACAGGAAGUGGAGGGUCGCCCAAUCUCACAAAUAUUGUGAGAAGGGGAAGGGGGCGGGUGGCUCAGAUCACAAAGUGCUGGGGUUAUGGGUACAUAAUAUUUUAUUUUCACAUCAGGGCAACCAAGGAGGAAGGAAGGAACCAGGCAUACAACAACAACAUUACAUAAUCACCUUGUUUUUUUGGUUUUGUUUUUCCAUUCUCGCCAUUUGCAUCAGCUCUCUCGGGUGGAGUCGAUUUUACAGGAAACAAGAAACCGAAAAUGGGGUAGGAUGGACUGGGUGGUGGUGGUUUUUCUGCUACACUGGGACAUGGGAAGGGCAAAAUUUGCGAUUGCUUUUUGUUUUUUUCUGGUAUUAGACCUUUUCUUUUCUGCGUUUGUGUUUUUUAUUACUUUUUUUUCUUCACGGAUGAUACCUCUUUUUUCUUUCUCUGCUUCUUGUUUUGAUGUACUACUGCAUGAUACUCAAUUGAAAUUCACACACACAUUCCAGGGGCGUUUUUGUGUGCUGGGUCGGGGUCCGGGUUGGUAGUUGGUUGGGUUGGUGCAGCUGUUUUGUUUUGUUUUGUUUUAUUCACAAGAGAGAAGGGGACGUUAU